GCCCCUUGUCCCGCCCCCUGGCCGCGGCUCGGCCAAUUUCGGCUCCGUUCGGCCGCGAUUGGCUCGGCUGGGCUCGGCUCCGCUCCGCUGCGCCCCGUCCGUCCCGGUUCGGCCCGGCCCGGCCCGGCCAUGGGCUGGCCCGUGCUGCUGACCGCGGCCGCGCUGCUGGCCGCCGCCGCCGCCGCCGCCGCCUGGGAGCCCUCGGCCGAAGAGGAGCAGCUGUUCAAGGCCUGGAUGCUGCAGAACGACCGGCGCUACGGCCCCGAGGAGUACCCGCGCCGGCUGCGCAUCUUCCUGGGCCACAAGCGGCGCGUGGAGCGGCACAACGCCGGCAACCACAGCUUCCAGAUGGGCCUCAACCAGUUCUCGGACAUGACCUUUGCGGAGUUUAAAAAGCUGUACCUGUGGAGUGAGCCGCAGAACUGCUCAGCCACCAAGGGGAACUUCCUGCGCAGCUCUGGGCCACAUCCUGACUCUAUUGACUGGAGGAAGAAGGGGAAUUUCGUGACCCCCGUGAAGAACCAGGGUGCCUGCGGGAGCUGCUGGACCUUUUCCACCACGGGCUGUUUGGAGUCUGCUAUUGCCAUUGCCACGGGAAAGCUGCUCUCUCUGGCAGAGCAGCAGUUGGUUGAUUGUGCCCAGGCCUUCAACAACCACGGCUGCAGUGGGGGCCUGCCCAGCCAAGCCUUCGAGUACAUCCUGUACAACAAGGGGCUCAUGGGGGAGGACAGCUACCCCUACCGGGCCAAGAACGGCACCUGCAAGUUCCAGCCCGAGAAGGCCAUUGCCUUUGUCAAGGAUGUGAUCAAUAUCACACAGUAUGAUGAGGACGGCAUGGUGGAAGCUGUGGGGAAGCACAACCCAGUGAGCUUUGCCUUUGAGGUGACGAGUGACUUCAUGCACUACAGGAAAGGAGUGUAUUCCAACCCCCGCUGCGAGCACACCCCUGACAAGGUGAACCACGCCGUGCUGGCCGUGGGCUACGGCCAGGAGGAUGGCACUCCCUACUGGAUCGUCAAGAACUCCUGGGGCCGCCUGUGGGGCAUGCAGGGGUAUUUCCUCAUCGAGCGAGGCAGGAACAUGUGUGGCCUGGCUGCCUGUGCCUCCUACCCCGUCCCUGGGGUGUAGAGGGUGCCGCGGGGCUGAGUGCCACGCCUGCCCCUGGAGCUGUCACCCACUGCAAGUGUCACCUGCGGGCAGCCUGGCUGGCACCCAGCAGCCCAGCCCUGCUGCUGUGCCCGGGUGUGCCUCCAUCCCUCCCGGGACGCCUGGGGCAGGGCAGCCCCACGAUGUAGAGCUCCCCCCGUCCCUCGGGCGGCUUUUCUGCAAUCACCAGGUGUAAAUUUUAGCCAUUCUAAAAUUUACUUUGAAGGCAAUUCCCCCGUUCUUUAAAGGAAGGAUGGGUGAGUGCUGUGAUUUGUACACUUUUAUCAAUUUUGGUGAAAUGCUUGCUAUAUUUUGUAUUAAAAACCAGGGUAUUUUAAUGCACAUAGAGGAGAAACGGGUGAUUUUUCUUUACCCCGCCAGCGAAGACGCCAGAACCUCGGUGCCGAUUCUGAGCGGGGCAGUGAAGCCGCGUGUGGGCAGGGGCACGGCCGUGUUGUUUCACAAUGAAAUCUGUCACUGACAAUAAAGCUGCCUCGUCACCGGA